AUGGCUCGUGCGAGCAUUGAGCUUCCUCUUAUGACGCAUAACGGCCGUCCUGAUACGUUACAAACAGCCGCCAAAGAUAAUCAAAACACCCAAAAAGCCGGUGCAAAUUGGACAAAUGCAGAAUUUCAACCACCACACACCGAGCCGGGCCUUGGUGCAGCGACGGAAACUAAGAUGGCGAGGGAAACAACGCCGUUGACCACAGAUGCACCUUUCUUAGAUCGCAAACCAAAGAGUCAAACAAGUGGAAGUAAAUGGCGCCCAUUUUGGCUGCAUUCGCGCGUUCUCUUGCUCUUUCUUGCGUUCUUCAUUGCCUGCAUGAUCGCUUUGCCGGUCUUAUUGUCAUACUCUUCCAAGCACAAGGGCAUCACAGACGUGCGGCAAGGUUUCGAAAAGCCAUGGAGAUUUAUUUCAAUUGCUGUGCUCACACUGGUUGCCAUAUUUUGGAACCGAGUUGAGUUACAGGUUUUGCGCUACGCUCCCUGGAUUGCGGCACAACCUAGCCAACCAAAUGUUGAUCGUGCAAUGCUAGAUCUAGAUUAUGUUUCGAUGAUGCCGCCUGUGGCACUUUUCCAGUCUUUGAAGAACAGACAUUUCUUGGUAUUCACUGCUGUCCUCACCUCUAUCAUCUGUAAAGCUCAGAUCGUUCUGUCUCCCAGUUUGUUUUAUUCCGAAACUACGAGGUUCACGUAUCCUGUUGAAGUCCAACUUUUGGAUUCUUUCGACACUUCUUUCGAUGUACAGCAGGACAUACGAGAGGGGACCGGCAAUACUGCCGAGAAAACAGGUCCCUACUAUAACUCACGAGCCGUCCGGAAGUUCGACCUAGAGCUUCCAUUUGGAGUCUCCGAAGACGCUGCCUAUCAAACCUUCAGCUCAGGAGCAGCCGGAGACACACGAGGUACGACCCAGUCUCCCGUGACAGCGUUAGUCGAUGCGCUGUUCAUGGAUAUCGAAUGUCUCAAGCUAGAGAACUACACAGCUAGUCGAAAUCGCACCGAGGAGGGUAUUUUUUACGCCAACCUUGAGUUGAAAUUCGAACAAUGUGACCAGCCUUUGUCUGUUUCGUCAUUAUUCUUCUAUUUACAGAACGCGAACGUCAGUACGCUUGUUCCGCCAAACUUCUGGGCCAUUGAAACCUUGAGUGAAAAGCAUUGCUCCGUACUUCCGACACAAUUCUCGCCUUUCAUUUACUAUGGAGCGCUACCUAAGGGGAAUAUCACAGAAGAUACCUCAACCGUUGAGAUGGAAGCAUUCGGGGCCCUCAUGUGCGCGCCCAAGUCGUGGAUAUCUCAGGUUCGAGUCACGGAUAACGGUGUCAAGCCAAUUGUGUCAUCGUGGGGGUCCGAGCAGCAAAGAACCCCUUUCAAUGUAAGUCUCUGGGACAUUAUACCGGGCUCAUUAUCGAACGAUAUGGGACAUUGGUUUCCCAACCAGGCUCGUGGCAGCAGCGGUGCUAUAGGGCCUGUCAACGUCGAGUCUCGUUUAUGGGGCAGAACUCCCGUGGCCAACGACACCGCACUUUAUCAAACCAGCGUCUUAUAUGAAGCAACCAGGAAUAUGACAAAGUAUUUUGGGCCUAUGGCUGCCCAUUAUAGAUUGAAGUUGGCCAAUGAUUUGGCCGAUAAUUCCGCUCAAAAGACUGGUUCCACCACUAGGGCGAGACUGAGACUGAAGGCCAACCGAGGAGUGUGCAUUGCCAUGACAGUGCUAUUUUUCGUAUCUGCAGCAGUCGCAUUGUGGUCUAUCGUUUCACUGCGCAUGAAUUUGAAGCCUUGGCAUAGAGAUCCCGCAACAAUACUGGGAUCCAUGAUCUUCUUCGACAGGCAAAACGUUGACCAAGCUCCAGUGAUGGAACCGUUGCUAGAUAAACCAGCAUCAACUCUCUCUGAACAGGGCGGUUCAACACAUACAAUGCUGCCUCUUCGGACGUGGGUUCGCUCGACCUAUCUUGUUUAUGUUAUGGGGCUUAUAGUAGCGCUUGCUAUUACUCUCCAUAUAUCGCAGUCAUCCAUCGGAUUGACAACAAUAGAUCAAGGGACAUCUCCUCUUUGGUGGGCGUCGCUCCCUGCACUCGCGAUGGCUAUCGUCAGUUUAUAUGCCACCUCUUGCGAUACAGCUGUACGCGAUAUCGCUAUUCUAUCGAAACUAUCGUCAACACCCUGCAACGCGAUGGAGACUGACAUGUCGUUGUUGGAUAUGCUAGGUUUCACAGCUCUCUACUACUCGCUUCGCCUCAGACUUUACACAGUAACUGUCACACAAAUUCUUGCCAUUGUCUGUGGAGUUCUGGUGUCUCUGUCAGGAAUUCUUUACAGUUCCCAGCAUUCCCCGAAGAGCACUCCCAUCAGUUUCGAACCAACGAGCUGGUUUGGCUAUCGGACACCACUGGUUGAUCCCGUCGAGACAUAUAUGGACCUUCAGCCCAACGAAUAUGAGGUCACUCGCAACGAUUUGAGCAGCCUGGUGCUGGCUCAGAAUACUUCCACGAUCAAGUACCCUCAAUGGACCUAUCGUGAUCUCGUAUUCCCGUCAUUUGCGAUAGAUGACGCCGUUCAAUUCAAGGAUAGCGGCGCCUCCGUCACGGUAACUCUACCAGCGGCGAGACUGACACCUGAUUGCAUUCAUUUAAACAAGACCGCGGUUGAGAAAGUCAUAACCUGUCCAAAUGGAACAGAGGUCUCUUACAACCUGACAAGUCUUUCUCGGAGUACUGGAUAUUAUGCAUCCAUGGUGUCUGGUGAGCGAACACCAGGCGUCAUUCGGAUGGCCUGCGACCUUGAAGCGGAUGAGUUGGAUGAUCGUACUUGGACAUACCUGGACCAGACUUACUCUUGGGGAAGGGUCUCCAACUCAGGCACCAAUCAUUCCACCGAGUGGAGUUGUAACUACACCUGGGCUGAGGUACCUACCGAAGUUACAUUUCACUGGGUAGAUGGAAAGGCCUCAAUUGACUAUGACAACCCUCCAAUUGCAUCAUACGAUCAGAGCAAGCCAUACGAUCCUCCUUUUAGUAUUCCCAUCUUCUCGCAGGCCUACACUGCUGUCUAUGGUGCUGUUUUUCCACAGUUCAACCUCCCAAAUUCAGAUGCAUUACAAGUUGGAUACGAAUUCGCCUACUUAGUAGAGCCAUUCGGGUCUAUCAAGCUGGAGGAUCUAGCCGACGCGAACCAAGAGGAAAAGAUUCUUGAAGCUCUACACUAUAGUCGGGCGCAGAUAGCAGCUCAGCUCGCAAAUCUAGAGCACCGACUGGGUCUCGAUGAGAGUUCAGGAGCCCAGCCUGCGCAGCACGGGAAGCUAUCUCGCAUCGAGGGGAGUGUCACAAAUAAAAACAGGUAUCGGCUGAUCCAGAGUUUCGAAAUAACCAUGGCGCUCAUAGUUUUGUUGUCAAUCUUUUUUGUCGUCAAUCUAUGGGCACUGAUAUCCGCGGCGUUGAUGCAUUUCCUAGCCAGCAAGUUCCCUCUCCUCCUUGAUCUGGAGCUGAAAGGCAAAGGGCACCAUGGCUUAAACAGUAUCAGGAUGACUGAUUCUCUCCUUUCCGAGUCGAAUUACUCUGAUUAUCUUCCCAAAAACGCCGCCUUAUUGUCGCUGAGGGAAUUGUAUCAUCAGCUAGCAGGGGUUUCCUUUAGGAUGGGCCGAUUUCGGAGAAAGGAUACGAAGACGGCUGUAUAUACAGUUGCCGUAUUAGACAACAGUAACCUACAGCCAUUGGAUAAUUGA